AUGGCCGUAGAAGUCGAAGAGAAGAUCGCCGCGCCUGCUGAUGCCCCGCCGGAUUACAAGACGCAGCAGAGUAACGGUCAUGUGCCCGCUGCUGAUGGACAGCCGGUGAUACUGGGCAAGAAGAGUCCCGGCGUGCUGCGUGUCGAGGUCAUUUCCUCGCAUAUGACGCUGGUGGACCGCAUUAUUCUCUUCAUCGGCAUCUUCCUGCUUGCUUAUGCUUAUGGUCUUGAUGGCACGCUGCGGUUUACAUUCCAGACAUAUGCGACUGCGUCGUAUAGUUCGCACAGUCUGCUGGCCACCGUCAAUGUCCUGCGUGCCGUCAUUGCGGCUGCUGCUCAGCCCACCGCCGCCAAAAUGGCGGAUGUCUUUGGCAGAGCAGAAGUCAUCUUGUUCACCAUUGUCUUCUACGUUAUUGGAACCAUUGUGGAGGCUACUUCGGACGGCGUCAAGGCGUUCUGUGCCGGUGCAGUGCUGUACCAAAUCGGCUAUACAUCGAUCUUACUCCUGGUCGAAGUCCUCAUUGCAGACGUGACCUCGCUUCAAACCCGUCUGUUCUUCUCCUACAUCCCAGCAACGCCUUUCCUCAUCAACACCUGGGUCAGUGGAGACAUCACCAACGCCGUCAUCACUCACUCAACAUGGCAAUGGGGUAUCGGCAUGUGGGCAAUCAUAUACCCCGUCAGCGCCAUACCCGCCAUCACAAUCCUGUACAUAGUCCAGCGCCGCGCAAAGAAAGCUGGUGCCCUAGACAGCUACAAGACCCCCUUCCAGAUCUACGGCGGUAAGAAGAUCGUCACCGCCAUGUUCUGGCAACUUGACAUCGUCGGAGUCAUCCUGCUACUAGGCGUGUUCGCCUUGAUUCUCGUCCCCUUCACCAUCGCAGGUGGUGUUGAGACGCAAUGGAAGACCGCAAAGGUCAUCGCACCGCUCGUCAUUGGCGUCUUGCUUAUCCCCGUCUGGCUUUACUGGGAGUCUACCUGCUUGCAUCCCAUGGUUCCUUUCAGACUGCUUAAAGACCGUGGUGUAUGGGGCGCACUUGGAAUCGCCAUUAUGCUCAACACCGCAUGGUACAUGCAGGGAGACUUCCUUUAUACCGUGCUGGUGGUUGCAUUCAACGAAUCCAUCAAAAGCGCUACCCGCAUCACCUCCAUUUACAGCUUUACUUCCGUCAUCACGGGUGUCGCCAUGGGUGUCUUCGUUUACUUCUUCCGACGACUCAAGCUUAUCAUUGUUGCUGGAACGGUGCUGUUCCUGGUUGCUUUUGGCCUUUUGAUUUACUACCGUGGUGGAUCAGGCUAUUCAAGCCAUGCGGGUGUCAUCGGCGCUCAAGUAUUGCUUGGAAUCGGUAAGUGUACCCAACCCAUUAUACACUAUACAUCAGCUAACAUCCACCUAGCCGGCGGUAUGUUUCCGUACCCUGCCCAGACAUCCAUCCAAGCCGCUACCAAGCACGAACACGUCGCCUUCAUCACUGGUCUGUUCCUGGCCUCGUAUAACAUCGGCUCAGCCCUAGGAAACACCAUCUCGGGCUCGAUAUGGAACCAGAUUCUCCCCCAGGCUUUGAUGCAGCGUAUAUCCAACCAGACACUUGCGGCGGAGAUAUACAGUGAUCCAUUCCCCUUUGCCACCGCUAACCCCAUCGGCACCCCUGACCGAGACCACGCCGUCGAAGCAUACAAGCAUGUCCAACGCUUGCUGUGUAUUGCCGGAAUAUGUCUCUCGGUGCUACUGAUUGCCUUCUCGCUCGUGCUGCGUGAUCCUGUGCUUGGAAAAGAGCAGAGUCUUGCGUUUGCGGACAAGGAUUCGUCUGAUGAUGAGAACUCAGGUGCCGAUGCUGCGGCUGUUAAGGUGUAG